AUGAAGUGCACGUAUCCCGUGUCGCGCGUCUCUUUCUACACGCUGACCGUCACCGAACGCGAAUCGUGGAUCUCCUCCUUCGCACAGCUGCACACGCUCCGCAACAAAUCGAUCUUUGUUCGCGGUGGAACGUUCAUCGACGACCUCGCCAUGGUUCAUAUUGGGUUGCAGGAGGAGAUGCAUUACAAUGCGUGUUUUUUGGUGUGUCAUACGGCGUUUUUGCGGGCAUUUUAUUCGUUGAUGCGGGUGGUGGGGUAUAGAGGGAGGGAGGCGUACUGGGAUAUCGAAUCUGACUGGAAGGGAGGGAUGUCAAACGCUCAUAUUUGGCGGUACCUCGGAGGAGAUGGUGUAGGGGGAGCAAUUCCAUCCGGACCCUUCAAAUCGCUCACAUGCGACGUCCUACCCAACACCCGCAAACCCGGCUACUCCUACAUCAAACCUCACUUCGUCACCCGCCACUUCAACUCCAAUUGGCUCUCCCACCCCCUCAUCCGUGGCGACAUGUACACCUCCCACUACAACUCCUCCUUCCUCCCGCACACCAUCCUCUCCUCCCCCAACUACACCGCCCUCCGAAAACUCCUCGAAACCUCCCUCCACGCCUGGACCCACCAAUCCAUCGCAGGCGAAAUGUGGCUCUACAGCAGCCCCUGCGAACCCGCCUUCUGGCUCCUCCACGCCGAAGUCGACCGUUGCUGGCGAAGCUGGCAAAGCGUCAACAACAAAUGGUACGACUACGGAGGUCAUAGACGCAUCAGACACGGCGAGCAGACCGAGUUGAAGUUGGCAAGUUUCGACGACGAGAUCGAUUUCUACGGCUUGUUCGAAAAGGUCAAGGUCGGGGAUGUCAUGCAUCCAAGGAAAGGCAUCCUCUGUUUCAGAUACGACAAGUUGCUGGGUGGAAGACUCGAUACCGAUCCAUAG